AUGCUGGAUGGGCCCCUCUUGGCGCGCUGGCUCACCGCGUCCUUCGCGUUGACGCUGCUUCUCGCUGCGCUGCACCCCUCGGCCGCCUACUUCGGGCUGACGGGCAGCGAGCCCCUGACCAUCCUACCUCUGACCCUGGAGUCUGAGGCCGCGGCUGCCAAGGCGCACUACAAGGCUUGCGACCGGCUGAAACUGGAGCGGAAGCAGCGGCGCAUGUGCCGCCGGGACCCUGGCGUGGCCGAGACGCUGGUGGAAGCCAUCAGUAUGAGUGCCCUCGAGUGCCAGUACCAGUUCCGUUUUGAGCGGUGGAACUGCACCCUGGAGGGCCGCUACCGGGCCAGCCUGCUCAAGCGAGGCUUCAAGGAGACAGCCUUCCUGUAUGCGAUCUCCUCCGCCGGGCUGACCCACGCGCUGGCCAAGGCCUGCAGUGCGGGCCGCAUGGAGCGCUGCACGUGCGACGAGGCGCCCGACCUGGAGAACCGCGAGGCCUGGCAGUGGGGCGGCUGCGGGGACAAUCUCAAGUACAGCGGCAAGUUCGUCAAGGAGUUCCUGGGCCGCAGGUCUAGCAAGGACCUGCGGGCCCGAGUGGACUUCCACAACAACCUCGUGGGGGUGAAGGUGAUCAAGGCCGGCGUGGAGACCACAUGCAAGUGCCACGGUGUCUCGGGCUCCUGCACGGUGCGGACCUGCUGGCGCCAGCUGGCACCCUUCCACGAAGUUGGCAAGCACCUGAAACACAAGUACGAGACGGCACUCAAGGUGGGCAGCACUACCAAUGAGGCCACGGGCGAGGCCGGGGAUAUCUCGCCUCCCCGAAGCCGGGCCCCGGGCGCUGGCGGCAGCGACCCACUGCCUCGCACCCCAGAGCUGGUGCACCUGGACGACUCGCCCAGCUUCUGCCUGGCCGGCCGCUUCUCCCCGGGCACCGCCGGCCGCAAGUGCCAUCGCGAGAAGAACUGCGAGAGCAUCUGCUGCGGGCGCGGCCACAACACCCAGAGCCGGGCGGUCACGCGGCCGUGCCAGUGCCAGGUGCGCUGGUGCUGCUACGUGGAGUGCAAGCAGUGCACGCAGCGCGAGGAGGUCUACACCUGCAAGGGCUGAGCAGCUGGCCGCCGUCCCCGCUCCAAGCGCCACGAGGAUCCCUUUCUCAGCCUCAGCUUUCCCCGUCCUGUGACCCGAGAGAGUUGGGCGGAUGUUUCCCAAGCUGCCGCUCUCCCUGAUAUGCCAAUUCCCCAGGCUCCAGAGCCGGUAUUCCUGUCCACUGCCGCCUGUCCUCACGCCCCGUUCUGCCCAGGGCCCUCCUCCCACCUUCUUGCUCCCAUCCAAGGAGCCAGGGGCCGAGGCGCGCCGUCCUUGGCCUCACCCGGGCCCGGGCCACUGGAGGCUGCCGCUGCGCAGCACUGUUCCGAGCGCGAAACCACUAGAAGAAAAAGCAGCCCGCUUCUG